AUGUAAGAAUCUAGAGUACAAUUAGCUUUGAGAGAAAUUUCAAUAAUAAAAUAAGCAAUGUCUUCAAAAAAGAAAUACACACCAAUGAAAGAAUCCCUAAAUAAUUUUUAAAAAGUUUUGGAGGAGAAUAAAAAGAAUGGUAUACAAGAUAUUCCAAGAUAAGAAAUACAAAAGAUUCUAAUACCUGCUUCAAAAGAAUUGAAAUCAGCUAAAUUUCACACAACAUUAAUUUGUUUUUUACUAAAAUUGAUUAAUCUGAAAGUUAUAAAUGAUGUAAAUAAAAUAAUUUAGAUUUAGAUCUAAACAAGUGAAGAUGUAUUGGAUUACUUUUUGAAAAUAAAAGAGAUUUAAAAGGAAGAAUUGCAUUAUAAGUUAAUACAAAGUUUUAUGGCUUUUAUACAUUAAGACUUUAUUAAUUUUCGUAAUUAUGGUUUUGCUGAAAAAGUAGAAUAAUAAAUUUAUUCAUUUAGUGUUUAACAUUUGUAUUUUUUAUGAAAAAUUCUAAAAUGCCUAUAAUUCAAGCAUCAGCAGAAACAUCAUUAGAUAAAUUAAUAGAAUUGCUUUCUGGAUCAACACAAUUAAUAAUAGCAGGUUAAGGAUUUGAUGAGAUGAAUAUUAUAAUUGAUUUAGAUAAUUAGCAAGAAUAGAAUUCACAAUAAACAAAUUCUAACAUUCCAAUUGAUCAUUAGAAAGAAGUGCAAAAUCUACAUUCAAUAUUAUCAGAUUUAAUUAAAAUAUGUGAUUACUCUCGUCCUCAUUGGUUUCCUUCUACAGUUCCAAUUGAUAGAGAAUUUGGAUUAUCUAGUAUUAACAGUUUUUUAUCAAAUAUGGGAAAAUUCUUUACCUAAUUUAGUAUAAUAUAAGAAUUAUUAUCUAAUAAUCUUAUAUAAGUUCUUAGAAAAAUACUUGCAAUACCAAUUAAUAUGAUAAAAAGUUCAAUUAUUGUUGUAGCAUUUAAAUGUUUAACAUUUUUAGUAGAUGGACCACAAUCAGGAGAUGUUUGGGAUAUAUUAAUUUAAUAAAUAAAAUCUAAUGAACAUUCAAUACAUAAAAAUUUAAGUUUUUAAACAUUAAUCUAUUUUGUUUAAAGUUAAAUAUUUUUAGAUCAAUUAUUACAACUUCCUUUAAAUGAGAAAGUAUAUAAAUAAUUAUAUCAAUAGAAUUAUAUCUUAGAUAUUAUAACAUUAUUAUCUGGAAUAGUUAAAGAAAUAAAUGACCCCACUGAAUUUGAAUAGAAAAGAUGGAUGGAAUUGACAAAUCCUACUUAUAAUUUAUAAUAAAAUUCUGAUGUAUAUCCUAGUGAUAAUGGUUUAGUUUGCAGAAUGUUGAGUGAAUUUUAAUCACGUUUUGUAAAUUCUCUUUGUGUUUAUGCUGAUUAAUAAAAAAUAUCAUUAGGUGUUAUUAUUAAAUUGUAAUCAACAGAUAAAUUUUAUCAAAUUAUUGAAUACACUUGGAAACUUAAUUUAAGAGGAAUCAAAUAUUUAUUAUUAAAAGAUUUGGAUGAGUAAACUCUAUAAAAUUUAUUAUCAGCAUUUUAAUAAUAUAUUAAUAUAGUUGGUUCAAUCUAAAUGAAAUCUGCAUAAAAUGCAUUUAUAAAAACUAUAUGUGAAUUUUGUAAACCUUAAAUAGGAUAUGAAUUUACAAAAAAACAUAUUUAAAUUAAUAAAAUGGUACUUAAUAUUGCUAAUUGUCUGGGAAGUAAGAUUAUAUAUAAUUUAAUUUAUUAGAUUUACUAGAAUGUAGUAGUUGGAUUUGCAUUUUCAAAACAUUUGAAGAAUGUGAGAAUCAUUAUUUAAGAAAUCGUUUAGCAAAGAAUUCAAGUUAAGAAGAAUAAAUUAAAACAUUAGAUAUAACUAUUUUAUUUUAAAGUUUAGAUUAAUUGUUUUCACAAAGUUCUAAUUAUGGAAAUGAACAUCUUAUAACUGUAAUGGAUGCUAUUAAUUAAAUAACAAUAGAAUGUUUAGAAUAGUAGAGUACUUUAGAAUUAAAAAGAUCAAAUUCAUAAUUUGGUGAUUAAAAGAAAUACUUUUCUCUUUUAAAAUUAGUUGAAUUAAUAAAAUUUAAUGUAUUUAGAUUAGAUAUAUUUUGGGAAUUGAUAAUUGCUCAUUUUAUAUCAGUUAUUUCUUCACGUAAUAUUAAUUUAGUUUUAAAUGCAGCAGAAACAUUAUCUUAGAUAAUAUUUUAUGGUUUUGAACACUGGACUUAAUUUUAUAAGAAAAAUUAAUAGCAUCAUUCAGAUUAUAUAAAAGAAAAAUGGCAUAAGAAUGAAUCAGUCUAUUAAUAGACUCUUUUUUAACCUUGGAUUGAUAUGUGUGCAUUAAAUUAAAAUGAUUUAAAAGAAAUAAUUUUAAAUAAUGUACUAAAGAUGUUAUAAAAUAACGGACAUGAAAUUUAACAAAAAGGAUGGGAUUCUAUUUUAAUAAUAUUAUAAUAAAUUGGUUCUGAAUAAACAGCUAUAUUUGUAAAGUAAGGAUUAGCUUGUACAGAAUAUAUUAUAAAUUAAUUUUUAUCAAAUCUAAAUGGUUAAUAAAUAAAAAAGAUAUUUGAAAUUAUUGAUGAAUACAAAUCUAAUUCAAGUAAUUAAAUUUUAUUAUUAUUAUUAUUAGAUGAAUAGAAUAUCAAUUUCUAGAUUUGUAAUAUGCUUUGGCAUUUGGGGGAUUUCAUAACUAAAAAUAAUUCUCAAAAUAGAGAGUAGAAUCACAUAUUAACUAAUGAAGAACUUGAAUUAUAUUUACCUGAGAUAUUUAAAAAACUUUCAAUUAUUGCCUUGGAUCCAAUUCCAGAAAUCAGGCAUUCUGCUAUUCAUAUAUUUAGUAAUCUUUUGAUUCAUUUAAACUGUCAAAAUUUAUAUACUUAAUGGAAAAGAAUAUUAGAAAAUAUCUUUAUGAAAAUGAUGCAUAAUAUUACUAAUACAUUUAAAGAAAGAAAUGAAAAUAAAGAAUUGGAUGUAGCUUAAUGGGAAGAAACUGUUAAAAGUGCAAUCCAAGCUUUUAUAAAAUUGAUUAAAAAAUACUUUCUUAUUGUUGAUGAAUCUUCUUAAGAUAAGUAAAUUACCAUUUUAUUUUAGAGAUUAAGAUAUUUAAUUAUUAAUUAUAGAAACAACUCCAGAUUUAAUACUUAUUUUUCAAUAAAAUAAACCAUUCUUAACUUUAGAAGCUUCUAAAUAAAUGAGAGAUUUAUUCUUAUAUAAACCUAUUGUUUGUCUUUAAAAUUUCAAUCUUGUAAUUAAUUAGAUUUCAAAUCUAUUUGAUCAACCAUAUUAAGAUAUUAAAUAUAUUAAAACUCUCAUUUUACACAUUGCUCCUGAAUUACUAGAAUUUUUGAAUGAUAUAAUGAAAUUAGCUUCAAACAUUUUUAUUGAAGAAGUUGUGGAUGUUUAUUAUAAAAUUUUAGAAUAUCCAAUUAAUGUUCACACUAAAAUUGAUUUAAUUUAAAAUAAGAUAUUUUUUGAAGAUAAUCUUGCACCAAAAUAAUUAAUGAUAACACUCUAAUAAAAUUUAUCUAAAUAACCUCCAUAAUUAAUAUAAAAAAUAAUAGACAAUAUAUAUUAGUUAAUUUAAGAACCUCCAAGUAAUAAAUUUAAACAUAUUUUAAUAAAGAGGCAUUUUAUCUAACUUAAUAUGGUUUUAGAUAACAAUAUUGAAUUUUUCAAUUAAUUUCAAGAACUAUAUAAAACAAUUAUUUUAACUAUGAGAAAUAAUAAUUAAUUUUUUUAUUUCACUGAAACAUUAAAUGAAGAAAAGUCAAUCUAUAUGAUAAUGGCUGAAAAUUAUCUUUUUAGAGCUAAAAUCUAUCUAAACAAUAAUUCUUAAGACUAACUUUAGAUAUUAAAAACAUUAUAGCUUCUAUUACCAGAUAAAUCAAUUUGUGAGAAACAAUAAUCAUGCAGUAAAAUUUUAAAUUUAGAAAAUCAACAGCUCUAAAAUUAAUAUAUAGAAGAUAUUUCAUAAAUAUAUGUGAAAAAUCCUAAUCUAUCUCAUUCAUCUGAAUUUAUGGAAUUCAUUUAAAAAUUAUAUGAGAUAUCUUAAUAUUCCAAUAUGGCUAUCUAGAAAUUAUGUCUUUUGUCUGAGAACUCUAAAGUUCUUUAGUAUUUACUUGAUGCAAGCUAAAAAAUUUUGAACUUUUAUGAUACUGAAUGUGAUACUAAUAGUAAAAAAAUUAUUGAUUUAUUAAACCAACUUUUACAAACUAAAAUACCUCAAAAUUCCUUUUUAAACUUUAUUUCUUUAGAUGGUGAAGAAAUCUCAUUUGAAAAUACCUCUUUGUUAUAAUCAAACAUAGGCCAUUUAUUUUAUUUGAUGCCAUUUUUUGUGUAAUUAAUUGAACAUUAAUCUGAAGAGGUUAGAAGUAAGGUUCAAUAAAUAUUAUCAAAAAUUUCAUCAAUGGUAGUCUAAAUAGAUUGA